AGCAGAGUUUGUAUUGCCAGCCAACCUGGUGUACAUACAUACGGGCAGUCUUCAGGGGUGCACAAUGUCGACUGAUAUGGCCCUACAGCGGUCAAUAGUUGAAGAACAGUCCUUGCCAAGCCACAGAGCUACCGUGGCAGUGGCAGCAACGUUAUCUUUAGCAGCCACCAGUUUACUGCUCAUUUAUGUGGUUGGUUUGUAUGUUUUAUCGAGCUUGAGAAUCACCAAUGUCAACGAUGGGACUGGCUAUCAUCAACCCUGCACUACAAGCAUCCCCAACAAACUAUCCAAUCACAAUCAACCGUUGCGACAGAUUAAGAAAAUCAACUCCAGCAAGAGAAGAAUUUGGUUGCAAAAUUGGGCUAGACAUCGACUCUCGUUCAUCAAAACCCCAUUUGGCAUCAUGUUUAUGAACCUUGUUCUGGCUGAUUUUAUUCAAGCAUUAGGAUUUGGAAUGAAUUAUUUCUGGGUUGCUAAUAUCAAUUGUCGCAGCCCAAGUUGCCAAACCACUUGUACAAUUCAAGGUGUACUAAUACAAAUAGGCGAUGUAGCUUCCGCUUUCUCAAACUUGAUGAUAGCGAUUCAAACAUUUGUAAUUUUGACGUUCUCUUGGCAUUUACCCAACUGGAUCACAUGGGCCAGUUUAGCAUUGAUCUGGAUUCCAGUCUUCGUUCUUGGACUUGCUGCCCCAACUUUAAUGGGCAAUUGGUCAGGGCCUGAUCCUUUCUAUACAUGGUCAGGGGACUGGUGUUGGAUUAGCGCGCACUUUUCUCCGUUGAGAUUAUUUUUGCACUACCUGUGGAUCUUUAUCUCGGCCUUUGCUUCGAUCGCUCUAUAUGGACAUCUCUUCCUCCGAUUACAAAUCCAUUUCAGACAUUCGAAAGCUCAUCAUGGUUUGAAGUUCAUUGGUGGAAAACGUAAAAACGGGACUGUUCAUACUGAUCUAACUGAAGGGCCAGUGAUCCCCUUGCAGGGUGAUCACCUGAGGAAGAAAUUGGAACGUAAAGCCAGAGCGAUGUUGAUGUAUCCGAUCGCCUUCAUCUUCAUGAUCUUGCCACUCUCAGCCUAUAGAUUGGCCUCACUGGCUGGUCAUGAUUGGGGAAUAACAGCUGCCACCGUUUGUGGCUCAAUGUACUGUCUAAGUGGAUUUAUUGACGUGCUCUUGUUUGGGACCACACGCAGUAUACUUUCCGUGCCAGUGUUUUCGUUAAACAUUGGGAACCCCGGUGGAACGGCAGUCAUCGGGACAAAUGGGAUGGGUAUGAGCACUAGUGGCUUAAGUAUCGGAGGCACAAGAUCGGCAGCAUUCCGAGUGGAAGUGGUCCAAGAAACGGUGAUUGAUCUCGAUGAACCGACUGAAUCGGAGCGGGGUGGAUCUUCGAGCCUCGUGCCAAGUGCCAACUCACAGGCUCGUCACCAACGGCAAAACAAUCCGGUAAACGUUGACACAUCCUUCACAAAUCAAUCGCUUCAACCUAUCAGACUCUCGAACACCACAAUCAGUAAUCCCGAGGUGGAUUCGGAAGGCCGAUACCCAACCCUAACCGUUUAUUCGCCUGACAUGAAUCUAUUAAAUCGUCCCACUCGUACUGACCCAACGCCUUGGUACGAGCCCACGAACACCAAAAGAUAAAUUCGCAAAUGGCUACCAAAUUAACACAUGUACUUCUCCAACCACACUCGUCUUUAUAUCCUAUACAUCACACUAGUUUACAAUCUUUUUUCAACCUGACAUCCACAGAAGAAGUGCUGUCCAACUACCUUAUUUGUAUCUUUGCGGGUAAAAUCUGUUAUUUACAUGUUCAUUGUAUCUGAGUCGUUUAUAAUAAGCUUGAGAAAAAUGAAAGCGAAUACCCAAUAUAAUAUAAUCUGUGAUUCCUCAUCAUAUUCAUACACUCGCAUCUCAUCAUUAAGACUACGUUGUAUGGAAUCUCUUACAUGAUUAAUCGUUUGCACAACAUUCCGCUUGAAGGUAUCAGGCUAGUGAAUCUGUGGGGACUUGAACACGAUGUGCCAAGCAGAACUUGCCGUGAGCAGAAAGUAGGU